AUGGCUUCCAGCUCACCGUCCCCUCGUCCUUCCCGGCGCCUCCUCCCCGUCCUCGCCGUGGCGGCCGUCGUGCUGCUGCUAGGCCCCGGCGGCGGCGUUGAGGCCAGGCAGCCGCCGCCGCUCCACGGCGUGCGGCCCAUGGCCUUCGAGGAGGGCUACACCCAGAUCUUCGGCAGCGCCAACCUCGCCCUCCGCGGCGAAGGCAGGCGCGUCCACCUCUCCCUCGACGAGGCCACCGGCGCCGGGUUCGCCUCCCAGGACCUCUUCCUCCACGGCUUCUUCAGCGCCGCCGUCAAGCUCCCCGCCGACUACGCCGCUGGCGUUGUCGUCGCCUUCUACCUGACGAACGGCGACAGGUACGAGAAGACCCACGACGAGCUGGACUUCGAGUUCCUGGGCAACGUGCGCGGCCGCGAGUGGCGGGUGCAGACCAACGUCUACGGCAACGGCAGCACCGGCGCCGGCAGGGAGGAGCGCUACGACCUCCCCUUCGACCCCACCGACGACUUCCACCACUACUCCAUCCUCUGGACCAAGCACCGCAUCAUAUUCUACGUGGACGAGACGCCGAUCAGGGAGGUGGCGCGGACGGAGGCCAUGGGCGCGGCGUUCCCCUCCAAGCCCAUGUCCCUCUACGCCACCAUCUGGGACGGCUCCGCCUGGGCCACCCUCGGCGGCCGCUACCGGGUCGACUACAAGUACGCGCCCUUCGUCGCCCAGUUCGGCGACCUCGUCAUGCAGGGCUGCCCCGUCAGCAACAACCCCGCGGCGGCGGCGCCGGCGUCGUGCGGCACGCCAUGGUACGAGGCGGCCGCUUCCCUGUCCGGCGAGCAGCGCAGGGCGAUGGCGGCCUUCAGGCGCGGCCACAUGUCCUACUCCUACUGCCACGACCGGCGCCGCUACCCGGUCGCCCUGUCCGAGUGCGACGCCGCGCGGCUCCGCCGCCUGUUCGGCCCGGACGGGAUGAAGUACGGCCGCCGUGGAGCGCGCGGCCGCCGCUCCGACGUCGUCAUGUGA